AAAUCAACCUUCCAAAUUAUUCAAUCUUCCAUUUCGCUUGAGGGCUUAUUAAUUAUAUGAGGUUCAUGGCUAUGGCUUCUUCUUUUGCUCUCUUCUUCCUCCUUCAUCUCCAUUUCAUUGUGUCGUUACCUGCCACACAACCAGUACUUACCGUUGCCUCAACAAGUCGUGCACCACCUUCGUCUGCGGCCUCUCUAUUGUCGCAUAACUUUUACCAUCGAACAUGCCCGGAUGCCGAGGGCAUCAUUCAUCGAAAAGUGCUAGCUUGGAUCAAUAAGGAUUUCACAUUGGCUCCGGCUCUCAUUCGCUUGCAUUUCCACGAUUGUGCGGUUAGGGGAUGCGAUGGAUCGAUUCUACUAAACUAUCGAAGAAGUGAAAGAAGCGCCUUCGCCAGCAAAACCCUAAGGGGAUUUUCAGUGAUUGACGAUAUCAAGGCUGAGCUCGAGCGAAAAUGCCCUAAAACCGUCUCCUGCUCCGAUAUUCUCACCGCCGCCGCCCGAGACGCCACCAUUCUUGCCGGAGGCCCUUUCUGGGAGGUUCCAUUCGGCCGUAAAGACGGCAAAAUCUCCAUUGCCGCCGAAGCAGAGAAAGUCCCUCAAGGCCAUGAAAACGUCACCACUAUGAUCAAUUACUUCCAGAAUCUAGGGCUCGACGUCCUUGAUUUAGUCGCCCUCUCCGGCGCCCACACCAUCGGCCGAGCCGCCUGCCAUACCUUCCAAGAUAGGCUCUACAAUUUCAAUCGGACAAGAAAACCGGACCCGAUUCUAAAACCUCCAUUUCUGAAUUUACUUCGAAAGCAGUGCAAGAAAGGUAUGGAUUUGGUUCAUCUUGAUGCGACGACUCCGAAAAUGUUUGAUACUGCUUAUUUUACAAAUCUUGAGAAGAAAUUAGGGCUUCUGAUGACGGAUCAAGCUCUGAUUUCGGAUGAGAGAACUUCUUCGUUUGUGAAUUUGAUGGCGAAUCAGCCGUUCCUUUUUGAUAGCCAAUUUUCGGCUUCAAUGGUGAAAUUGGGGAAUGUGGGAGUGCUUACAAGGAAAAAUGAAGGGGAAAUUCGAGUUAAUUGCAAUUUCGUUAAUCCUAGAAGAAGGAAGUAAGGAUUUCCUUUUACAUCUCUCUCCACACACAUAUAAUACGCAUAUAAUGUAUGUUGUUAUUGUUAUUUUAUGUAUGAAAUUUUUAGAGUGUUUUGAGGGGAGGGACUCAUUAUUGGUUUUAUAGUUUAUAUUAUAUUUGAUGAUAUGAAAUAUGAGAGAGUGUGAGAGGUUUUAUUAAAUGAGAUGAUGGUUUAAUACUGUGCUUUAUAUUAAAUGGAAAUAUCAUGUUAUUGGUU